AUGCCUACGGACAUCGAAGAAGUGCAUAAGACAAUAAUGCAACUAAAACAAAAAAAAUCCCCUGGCCAUGAUAACAUAAGAUCGGAAACUUUAAAGAACAUAUCUGAUGAGAAUCCCUUUUGGGGCUCCUCUUACACCACCUACAAUGGUAGAAUUUUGGAGGAGGUUCUAUUAGAACAGGACAUUUGUCUAUUGAACACUGGUGCCCCUACUAGAGUGUCCCCUCCAGGUCAUGGCCCAAGUGCCCCGGAUGUCACCCUUUGCUCUAAAGAUAUAAGUCUAGGGUUGUUGUGGUCGGUUGAUGACAUCUCCCCCUCUCUGAAGGACACUAUAUUCAUCCCUAUUUGUAAACCAGGUAAAUCACCUGAUGAUCCUUUGAGCUACCGACCCAUAGCCCUCACCUCCUGUCUGCUCAAACUGUUGGAAUCCCUGUUAGUUACUAGACUAGACCGCAUUUAUGAGUCUAGUAUGGUGGAAGACGAAAUUCAAUUUGGAUUUAGAAAGGGGAAAUCUGUCCUUGAGGCCCUUUCCUUUCUAACUGCUAACAUCUAUUGCUCCUUUGCGAAGGGUGAGGUGACGCUGGCAGUUUUUCUGGACAUCAAACAAGCCUACGAUUCCGUCAACUUCCACAUCUUGGAAGCCUCCCUUCGUAGUGAGAACUUCCCAGAAGAAAUAAUCUCUCUGUUGAGGCCCCUUGUCCUCUCUCGGAGCAUAUUUUUAAUCGACCCCCUAACCCGCGAGCUCCUUGGGCCUGAGGAGGCAAAUUUGGGUUUAGCUCAGGGCUCACCUAUGAGUCCCCCCUUGUUCAACUUCUAUGUUAAGGACCUUGGAAGGUCCAUAUCUACCCCGGGUGUUAGAGUCCUUAAAUUUGCGGAUGACACCACAUUGUUUGCGUCUGGUCCCGACUUUCAGUCGGUAUUUGAUACCAUGUCUUUGGCCUUGAGUAGGCUGGAGGCUUGGGCGAAGUCGAAACAAUUGGAAAUAUCCGUCGUAAAGUCUCAUGCGGUCUGCUUUCACAAAUCAAGAUUAUUUCCCAACUCACCCUCCUUCUCCCUGUUUGGCCGUAACAUCCCUUGGAAGGAAUCCGUUAAAUAUCUCGGAGUAACUCUUGACCGUAAGCUAAAGUGGUCCCAACAUAUUUCUGAUGCCUGUUAUAAAGCCUUUCAUGGUAUCAACUUGAUUAGAACCCUCUCAAGAACCUGGUGGGGUUCCCACCCAUCCACUCUUUUGGUCCUUUAUAGGUCUACAGUACGUCCGCAUAUAGAUUAUGGCAGUAUUUUAUUCGGGGCAGUCCCGAGGAAGAACCUGUAUCUCUUAGACAAAACCCAGUACACUGCUUUGCGUUCAUGUCUUGGAAUGAUGAGAUCUACCCCUAUUAAUAUCUUACUCGCCCUGGCGGGGGAACUCCCUCUCAAAUACCGGCGUAUAUGGCUGGGAGCCAAGUUCAUCUCUAAACUUCUUCGAUUUAAGGAUGAUUGUGUGCUGGAUUCCAUCAAGUCUCUUCAACGGUGGAGUAAUCUUCCCCUGCUGUCAUCUCUUCCUCUCCUUGAUUCCCUUAACAUCAUAGACGACCCUGGCUCUAUUUAUUCGGAUUCAUCCCUCCCAUGCCACCAGGGAACCAUCUCUGUUCACACUCAAAAAAUCCCUCUUCAUUCCCUUGGCCUAAAAAAAGACAAUCCCGAUAACUCUUCCUUGUUCCUGAAAAAAUGCGACGAGGUGUUCCCGAACACCGUCAAAAUAUACACAGACGCUUCUAAAUCUGGGUAUCGUGUUGGCAUCGGCGUUUACUACCCUUCCCUGAUCUCCCUCUCCCAAUCUCUCCCUGGCUUCUUCUCUAUCUGUACGGCAGAACUUAUAGCUAUUCAAAGAGCGAUCUCCCUUGUGGCUUGUUUCGACGUUCCUCAUUCAGUUAUCUUUUCAGACUCCAAAAGCGCCCUGGAAAAAAUCUCCAAUUGGAGCAUUCACUCUUCCAAUGACGACAUCACCCUUGAUAUUAGGAAUAAAGUAAUAUCGCUCCAAAAUUCAGGUCGCUCAAUAUCACUUGCGUGGGUCCCAGGUCAUACUUGUAUCCCUGGCAACAUUUCUGCUGACUCUUUAGCCAAAGAGGGAGCUUCCCUUCCCCACUCUAACCCUGUCAAGGCAGAUGCCAGAGAAUUCUGGCCCCUUUUUAAAAAAACAAUUUGGGAAAGAUGGAAAAGAGAAUGGGUUCACAUAGGUCGUCGAAAGGGACGCUGUUACACUCAGAUGACUUGCCCUGAUUCCCUCAAUAAACCCUGGUUCCAUGGACUCGAUCUCCCCAGAUUAUACCUCACCACCAUCAACAGAAUCCGCUCCUCACACUGUUCCAUCCCACCUCACCUCUUUAAAAUAAAUGUCAGAGAUUCUGACGCUUGCGUAUGCGGGGAAAAGGGUGAUCUUCUUCACAUUUUCCUUCAGUGCCCCAAUAAUCAGCCCAACAUACACAAAUUUUAUGCGGAUGUGACCAGUUUUCUUGGGAGCAAAAUUCCCCUCCCGCUUAGUCUGGAGGAUGUUUUGUUCUCAAACGACCCGGUUAUAAUUAAGACCAUAGUCAAUUUUUUGUAUGCCUCUGGCUGGACCAGAAUAUGA